AUGAACACGCCAGCAGCCAAGCGAAGGCGCGUCGACGCCGCCAAUGCAACCCUCAGGAAACCGUUUCACUCGCCGUUACUUAGGCGGCAGCCAGACGCGGGAGAAAGCAGCACGCCAGGGUCUAGCAAGACGCCAGAUACAAACGGUAACAAGCGGUCAUUCGAAGAAGUCUACUCGCCGAGCUCGCCAUCGGCGCCGAGACAACCCCAGUCAGCGAGGGCAACGCGUCCGCUUGGGAACCUGCUCCACGGCCGGCCGGCGUCACCUCUGAAGCUCUCAGUCUCCUCGGGGACCGAAGCUGCUCCUAAGCGUAAGACCUCUGGCCCGAAAGAAGGCAGGGCCGUGCCAGGCGACGACAACCCUUUCUUCGCCCUCGCCAGCGCCCACAGGACGUCGGGCCGGGACACCAUUGCGAGGGACCUGGACCGGCGGCUGGAGACGGUGAGGCAGGCGGGGGAGAUCGAGGCCGCGUCCGAGCGGAGCCGCCCCGGAGAGCCAGUGGACCAGGAGCUGAGGGACCUCGUUGUCAAGUGGAGGGGCGCGAGCCGGCUGGCUGCUGAGGAGCUGUUUGAGACUGUUAAGGAACGGGUUGAUAACGCCGGGGGCCCGAAGGCGUGGAAGGAGAUGCAGCAGAGGCAGCAAGAGUUCUACCAGGGGUUUGACCAGGAAUCACCUACCAGGUCAAAGCCCGCAGACGAAGACUUGGACGCAGAGUACUCGCAAGAGGUCCAGGACCACCUGGAAGAGGCCGGGCGAUGCGAAGCAGCCGAGGGCAAACCUGACGAGGACGAUGAACCGGAUUUCACCAUGGCACACAUGCUCCGGAGCCUGAAUAUAGAUUUUCCCCUUCUGGGAUAUGACGAGAAAGAAGACAAAUGGAUCAAUUAG